CGGGUGGGGAGGAGCCGGUGCGGGCGCCGGGCGGGCCCGCGGGGCCGGUCCGGGCCAUGGCGGGUGAGGCGGCGGCCGGCGGCGCGGAUGCAGCAGCCCGCGCGUGGCAGCCCCAGUGGGUGCCCCCAUGAGCGAGCGUCGCGGCCGGGGCUGCCGGGACACCGCGCGGCGCCAUGAGAGCGGGCCACGAGCGCAGCCAGGAGUGUCUCCCGCCCAAGAAGCGGGAACUUGCCGCCGCCAACACUGGCACCGAGGCGGGACGGGCGGGGGGAGCCCAGGGCUCGGGCGAGGGCCCCGAGUGGGCCCGCACGGCUCGGCCGGCUCCCUCCACGCCGCGCUACGGUCCUGGCGAGACCCCCGAGGCGGCGGCGGGGCUGACGGUGGACCAGUACGGGAUGCUCUACAAAGUGCAAGCACCGCCCGCCACCUUCUCCCCCACGGGCCUGCACCCCGUGGUGAACGUGAGCCCCCUGCCCCCCGCCUUCAACGUGACCUCGCCCAUCCUCCAGCACCCGGCAGUGCCCUUCCCCUCCAUCCACUAUGCACAGAUCCCGUCGGCCUCCCUGCAGCUCAUCGGUUCCCACUACACAGUGCCCUAUGCCGUCCCUCCUGCCUUCAUGCCUAGUCCUCUCCUGUCUCCUUCCACCAACCUCGCUGCCCCCCACGUCCCCCACUUCGUGCCAUACGCCUCCCUCUUCACGGAAGAAGCUGCUCCUUCCCCCCAGACUACCUCUCCCACCCACAGCUUCAACAAAUCCACCUCUGCAGCCUCUCCUGGGCAGAUGCAGCACCACACUGCGCCCCAGCCAGUGGACAUGGCACCGGGGAGAAUUCCUGUUUAUUAUCAGAUGUCCCGCUUCCCACCAGGCUACUCAGCCUAUGAGGCACCUGCAGCAGGUGGGAGCCCAGAGUCUCCUCAGCAAGACAGCCAGCUGAGCUCAGAGGUGGCUGCGGCCAAUGGUGGGCAGAGGCCCCUGGAGCAGAGUGUGGCCAGGAGGCCCAGCGAGGCUGUGGACUCUGCCAGCAGUGCAGCUGAGGACUGUCUGCCCCCAGGGGCUGCAGCAGGAUGUGUGGCUGAUGGACAGUUCCUUCCAGGUUACCAGAUGCUGGGAAGAGAGAUCUCUGUGCCUACUCACAGGAGCACCCCAGAUGCUGAUCUGGAGGUUCAGAGGGUGGUGGGGAUGUUGGCAUCUCAGGAUUAUCAUGUUCUGGCUGCCCAGAGGAAAGAUGACCCAAGCCCUUUGAACCUUUGCCAUAAUACCCCUGAUGGGCAGGGAGAUGUGCUGAGGAACACCACAGACGGGGCUGCAGCUGGGAACAGCCAGUCCCGGAGCCCAUGCGGAAUGUCCCCCCAAGAGACUGUUAGGCAGAGGCAGUUAGCCAAAGGAAUGGUGAUAGCCAAUGGCAAGCCAGUACUUGUUCCCGUGGGAUCUGAGCCUGUCAGGUCUUCCACUUCAGAAGCCCUGCUGAGGGAGAGCCCAGAUGCCCAGGCUCAAGGAAAUGUGCAUGAAAAGGAGCUGGCCCAGUUGCAGCCACCCAGCUCCUCACAGCUGCCCUCUCACUUCAUGAAAGGAGCCAUCAUCCAGCUGGCGACGGGAGAGCUGAAGCGGGUGGAGGACCUGCAGACCCAAGACUUUGUUCGCAGUGCAGAGGUGAGUGGAGGCCUGAAGAUCGACUCCAGCACUGUGGUGGAUAUUCAGGAAAGCCAGUGGCCUGGGCUUGUCACACUGCAUUUUGUGGUUGGGGAGCAACAAAGUAAAGUGAGCAUUGAUGUGCCCCCGGAGCAUCCCUUCUUUGUGUAUGGCCAGGGCUGGUCCUCCUGUAGCCCUGGGAGGACUGCUCAGCUCUUUGCUUUGCCCUGUCACAGGCUGCAGGUGGGGGAUGUCUGCAUAUCGAUCAGUUUACAGAGCAUGAAUGGCAACUCUGCUUCUCAGGCCAACUCCCCUCUCACGGAUCAGCUGGUAUCUGCUAGGGAGAGCUUGGAACGAACAGCUCAGGGGCCCAGAGAGCCAUCUGACAGAGCUGCUGAAAGGAAGAGCCACACAGAUAGAAGCAGCACGGUCCAGAGCUCCCGUGCAGAAUCUUCUCAGCCUGAGGCUGGCAGUCUGUACAGUUUGGCCCCAGGCUUCCAAAGAUACAGCAUGCAGGCAGAGGAGCCUCGGCCCUCUCUGCUCCGUCCCUCUUUCAUUCCCCAGGAGGUCAAGCUGUCUAUUGAAGGGCGUUCGAAUGCAGGGAAAUGAUCCCUUAGAGGUGUGAGCUAGGGCAGUCACAGCAGGUGAGCCUCACCAUCAGGUGGAGGAAUUGCACAGACUCUGUCAUAGGCUCACCAACAAAGGCUGCUCUCUGCCUUGCAGGAAUGGCUCCGUUCCAGUUCCACGGCUGACCAGUUCCUCUUGGGGAGUCAGGAGGCCUCCAGUGCCUCAGGGAGUAGCAACAGGCUAGCUGGGGUGGGGAGCAGGGAUGUGGUCAUGAGUGUGUGAUGAGAGCAUUCCCGAGGCUGCUGGAGGCUGGGGCUUUCUCCCACCUCCUGGGAUAACUGACUCCCUGCGGGGCAGGGGCUGAGCAUUCGGGGCAGGUGGGGAGAUGAGGAGGGCAGACUUGGCUUAAGGUAGCAGAUAAAAUUGCUGAAGAUUUUAUUUCUCCUUUCUCAUGAUGGGGAGAGAUGGGUCCCCACUGGAGUUUAGGGGCUCUGCUCCCAGUAUCCCCUUUCUUCACACAUGCACUUUAAAAGGACCAUUCACCGGUGGAGCUCUCAAGGGCAGGAUGGAGGUGCUUCUCUGGUGGUUCUGAUUAAUGUCUCUUCCACUGAAUCCAACUGCUCUUUCUUCUUGCAAAGAAUGUACAGAUUUGAACGAAUCACAGAAAUUCAAGAGGAAGGACCAAAAGGAUGGGCUUGGGUGCAGGUGAAUAGGGAACUUGAGCACUUGAGAUGGGACACAAGUUGGGAUGGGAGACGUUGUUUCCUGCUAUAAAGUCUACUUAGUUGUUUUGCCACCAAAUCAAACCUUUCUUCCCAUGUUAGUAACUUUCAAAAAAAAACAACAAAAAAAACCCAAAAAACCAAAACCCUCCUGGGCUUAUAGCUUUUGCAGAGGCUUAACCUAGGGAUGAAUGGAGUUGGAUUUUUUUGUUUGGUUGAAUUUUGGUUUUGGAUAUUUUAUUGGUUUGGUAUUUUUUUAAAUCUGGAGCAAAAUACAUUCAGCGUUCUCUAGGGAAGGGUGAAAACAUUCUUCUUCUGUGAGAAGACCAAUGCUAUUUUGUAUUAAGUAAAAAAAAUGUUCCAGAUGGCUAGUUCUUCCCUGAAGGCAGUUUUCCUGAAUAAGCUCUAGACAAGAGACAAGUGUUUGUGCACGUGCCGGCAAGGUACAAAGUUUGUGCUAAGUACAAUUCUAUUAUUAAUGUACGGACUCUAAAAAUAUCCCAGUGUCACAGGGCAUUUUGGAGUAAUUUUGUGUUAGUUUUUCUGAUGCUUCGAUUCAGAGUUCCUCUGUAGAAAAACAUGGUCAAAUCAAGAGUAGUCUUUUUCAUGGUGAGAUUUAAUACAAUUGUGUAUGAACAGCUGAUUGUGGUGGUAACACUAUUGAGUGAAGUCUCCUGUAGUUACACUAAUCUACCCUCUCUGAUGGUGUGUUAUGACACCAUUGCUCAGCUAGGAUAAAGAAUAGUCACUGUUCUGGUGAAAAAACAGUUUUCACUGACUUAACCUAGAUAGGGUAUUCCUUGUGUUCAGGUGCCCAUCUCUGUGCUAGGACCAGGCUCUGGAGGGGGCCUUUCUUAGUGUGCAGAGUCCUGAUGUUCAGCAUGCUGUUUCUGUCUCCCUGCUCUCAUCUGCCUGAAGUUUGUCAAGUGUGCCUGACUCUUGGGGUGCCACUCCUCUCUGUGACAGAACGGUGUGUGUCAGCACCUCUCCUUGCAGUGGUGCUGUCUCAGGGCUGUUCUGCACUCCCCAGGAGUAUGUCCUGUAACUGGUUGGCUUCUGCUGACUGUGAAAUGGAUGCAUGCUCUGCCUGUGUAUUAGGCAAGUUAGUCUCCAGAAUGUCCCUUCCAUCCCAGCCUCAGUCCUGUUUUCCUAGCACAUUGCUAGCCAUUUCUGUUGCCUUUAAAAUGCUUGCACCAGGACAGGGCUUAGGUGAGAUGUGUGCUAAACGUGCCCUCAGUGUUUGUGCCUCACAGGGUUCUCCAGAAUGAGGAUGCUGCCUGUAUCACAUGUAGCUGCUCCCACAUGACACACUACUUCUGGUUUCAUCAGCUGCAUUUGGGAUGUGUGAAGUCACAGUGACACUGUUGUGUGAAGAUUCUGCCUCCUCAGGUGCAUCAGCUGUGGGAACAGAUGCUGUUUUCACAACCCCAUUUGUCAGUGAAGUGUCCACCUGGGCCCCUUUGUCACCUGGGCGUGUCACAGCUCCUGCUGACUCGACUCUCCUACAUAAAACUCUCUGUUAAUGUUGGUAAUUAGUACUUAAUGCUCAGGAUAUCUGAGGUGUCUGCCACCAAAGGCAGGAGGCAGAGGAGCCGGGGUUCUCAUGCCUGUUCUGUGCAGGGUGCACGCAGAGGGAUUCAGGGCUGCGACAGGCACUUGAGAAAGGGAUCUCGCAACAGACGGCAUGUGAAUGUAGAAGGGCUGGUUACACACAGAGGCAGUGUCUGAGCAACUGAUGGUGCAGAGCCCCUGGAGUGUCUCUGAACCCCGAAGUCUGUCUUAGAGUGAGGGUUUGGAGGGCUUGCCUUAACACCACGUGUGUAACUGUAACUCCUCGAUCUCAGUCACACUGUGGUGUGAAUGAGCAGUACUGACAAAUGAGGCAAGAUGCUGUGUGAUUUAAAUAGCUUUGUACUGUAGGCAGGUGAAGGGCUGUGAAGGUGCUUGCCCUGUUGUUUACCUGGCUGCUGACCUGGACUUUGGCUUGCUGCACCUCUGUUGGGUGCAGUCCUGAGCUCUGUGGAACAGGCCAUGCUGAACUGGACCUUGGUGCUUUUAUCCAGACUCCUGUCAGUCCUGCUGUUGUGUGUGUUUCAGCUGCCAGCUUUUCCCUGGAAGCAGUGGUUUGAAGCACAGCUCAUGAUGGGGGACUGAGAUGAAGAAUCUGUGUCUGGCUGUUUGCCUCAAAGGGUGAGCAGGAGAGGAUCACUGGCAACUCUCCAGCUCAGCUCAGCAGUACUGGUAUCACAGGAACCUGUCCUUACUGCACAGGGCUGUAUGGCUUAACACCAUAGUGGUGGCUGUGCUGAGCACUGAGGCUCUCCUGGGACAGGGAGUGUGAGGCAGGCUCUGCUGCAGUGAGAAAGGCUGUGAAUGAGCCUGUGGAGGAGGCUUUUAUUUCUCGGGUUUACAGGGAAAGGAGGAGAUAAAGCCAGGAAGACAUUGCAGAGUGGGAUGGUUACCUGGGCUUUUCUGCUGGCAGAGAUGUGACAGACUUCUCAGAGAAAUAUACCAUGUUCCUGCUGCAGUUGUCUAGGGUAGGAGAGCUGUGGUCUGUCCUGCCUGGAGGAGGCCCUGAUCUUAUCCAGCUCACACUCUGUAGCAGGAGUCCGUGGGAUGCAAUAAUGGGUGUCUGUAGCCAUCUGUCCCAUCCCAUGGAACAUGCCUUGGGUUAGCUGCACAGCAGAGCCAAGCCUGUCUCUGGGCUGUGCAUUCACAGCAAUGAGCGCUCAUCACUACCAGACUAUGCAGAGGAAGCUCUGUCUGGAAGGGAAGGAAGCUGCAGAGGCCCCUCUGCCUUCCCCUUCCAGCUGCUGAGCAGCUUUUUAUAUUGCACUUUUCACAUUGUGUCCCUGUCCCCACCCCACAUUUCAAGUCACUUUGUCCCAUAGAGAACUAACAAUCCUUGUUACUCAGAAAACAUUGUAAAAGAAACUACAGCAGCUGGAGUAUCCCAAAUGCUAGUUCCUGCCCGCAGCAGCACACGUGCCUUCCCCAGCGUCACUCACAACUGCUCCCCGUCUUUUCAAGCUGUGCUAGAGCCUGACACUUGUCAGAAGCUACUAAGACAGCUACAAAUACACAUCCUGUACAGUUUGGCCCAGGGUGUUCCAUAUAGUUGAAAAUGGUGAUGGUCCAGGCCCUUCCACAGCCUUCUCACUGUCUGUCAAGGACAGAAUUGCCCCACGGGUCCUGGGCUGCUGCCGCCCACCCUGCCAACAUGCCCCUGGCACACUCGAGUUGUUUUGGGCUUUCAUGGCACCUUAGCGCCAGGGAGGGUGUGCUCAGAGAGAGAGAGACAUGGGGGAGCUGGCUGGGCUGCCCUGAGGCAGAGAGAUGUUUGUAGAUAAGUGCUGACCCCUCACUAUAACCCCCAGUAUAUGGCUGUAUUAACAUGUAACCGAUGCAGUGUAUCUAAAGCCUUAGAACUAGUCAGGUGCUCCCCUCCAACUUUGUCCCUGCCCCUUUCCUCCUACCUGAUCUUUAACAAAGCAUUAAUAAUUCUAAGGAUAAUCUCUAUUUUGUUGUGCUUUUUUUGUAACUGUUUUAAAUAAAUCAAUUUGUACUGUAUAUUUGUACUUUGGUGAGAUCCUUUUUCCUGUUUUACCAUUUUAAGUCUGUACUUGCCUACAAACAGAUUGUAUUUUUAUUGUUAAUGCUUUUAUGAAUAUUGCAUUUAACUUGUUGACUCUGUAAACAGUAUAUAUCUAUAUACAUAUAUCUAUAUCUAUAUAUAAACCAAUAGCUUUUC